UGGAUCGACAUCAAACUCUCUCUCUCUCUGUGCAGACGACAGCCAGCGUCAAGGUGUAACAAUGUCUGACCGGUGUUGUUAAACUACAAAAUAGUUCAAUUGUUUCAGCAUACUGACCAUUACAGUUCCUUCAUGACAACAAAGACAAUGUAUAAAUCGUACGUGAGCAACCUGAAAGACGAGCCAUCGGUUUUGGUAUUCUACGUCAAUGGAAAACGGAUUGCCAUUGACAAUCCUGAUCCAAAAGUGACACUUAUACAAUACUUGCGACGAAAUUUGUAUCUGACCGGAACCAAGGAGGCGUGCAGUCAGGGAGCAUGUGGCGCCUGUACGGUCAUGAUAUCAUACUACAACCACCACCAGAAGAAAAUCAUUCAUUAUUCCGGUAACGCCUGUCUGACGUUGCUGUGCUCGCUGCAUGGAAUGGCGGUCACCACGGUGGAGGGGAUCGGAAGCACGAGGAACGGCCUCCACCCCAUUCAGCAAAGCAUGAUGGAGAACCACGGAGUCCAGUGCGGCUUUUGUACUCCGGGAAUGGUGAUGACCAUGUACACAGUAUUCCGGAAUAACCCGGAACCAACACAGGAAGACAUGGAAAGGGCGCUCGAAGGAAACCUUUGUCGUUGCACUGGGUAUCGUCCGAUUUUGGAGUCGUUCAAAAAGAGCUGUCCUUGCGGAUUAGGUCUAUGUCAACAGAGUGCCGAGGAAAAGAAAGACUUGGCAGAGAAAACGACUGUCGAAAAACCAACCCCAGAAAAAUAUGAUAAAAGUCAAGAUGUCAUCUUUCCGAGUGAGCUGCAGAAAUCCACAGAGUUAAGCCAAAAGAACGCGAUGUUUGUUGGGGGUGGCUACACCUGGUUUAGACCCAUUUCCUUGGACAAACUGCUGGAGCUCAAGAAAGCUUUCCCCAAAGCAACAAUUGUGAUGGGCUCUCAGACUGUCGUUGGAUCGAAAAUUCGGAACAAUGCUUUGCCAUCACCAGAAAUAAUUUGUUGUACCCAAGUCUUGGAACUAAAAAGGAUCGUUCAGGGGACCAGCUCUAUAAGUAUAGGGUCGGCCGUCACGUUUGCCCAGAUGGAGGAGUUUCUGAAUGGAGUGUUGAAAGACAUGAAGGAGAAAGAAUGCAACAUAUUCUCUGCUUUGCUGGAGGGAUUGCGCUGGGUUGGAGCGGAUCAGCUGAGGAAUGUUGCUACUUUCGGGGGCCACUUGAUGAGCGUGGGACCACAUGAUCUACAGACCUUAAUGCUGGCUGUUGGUGCUGAACUGAACUUUAUUUCAGCUCAAAAGGUAGAAAAGAAAAUAACAUAUGAGAGAUUCGUGGAGAACGGCAUCCAUGCGCCGGAUUCCAGUGACGUUCUGGUAUCCGUCUGUAUUCCUCUCACUAAACAGAAUGAAUAUGUUUUGUACACGAAACAACCUUUCCGCCGAGGCAUGGACUAUGCCAUUGUAAAUGCGGGCAUGUUACUGAAAGUAGACGACAAGAAAGGGACCAUCGACACCCUACGGUUCUGUGCAGGGAAUAUAGAGAGCAAACCAUGUUCUCUUCAAAAAGUGUCCAACCUUGCAAAGGGAAGAGCCUUCGAUGACAAGUUAAUACCGGACGUAUGUGACGUCAUCAUUGAUGAGCUGAAAGGUUGCAAAUCCGACUCCCUAAAGUACAAAAUCUCCCUAGUCUGCGGCUUCUUCUACAAGAUGUAUAAGCAAAUCGUGGAAACCAUACAGUCAACAAAAGAAAAGACAGAGUUUGGGUUGACACCUUCUCUUUCCACGGGAGCGCAGUACUACGAUGUCCCCAAUCCCGAGGCCAAGGAAAUCGUCUGGAAACCCAUCCCUCAUGCUGCUGCCAAAAGUCUGGCAUCUGGAGAGGCAGUAUUUAUUGAUGAUAUGCCUAAAUACGCAAACGAGCUGUCGCUAUGGUUUGUGACCAGUACCAAGGCCCACGCCAACAUCCUGUCCAUCGAUCCGUCGGCCGCCCUGGCGGUCCACGGGGUGGUGGACUAUGUGGAUUAUAGAGACGUUCCCGGGAGCAACAUGUACGGUCCCAUGGUCCACGACAUACCUCUGUUUGCUGAAAAAGAGGUUUCUUUCCAUGGACAACCUAUCGCCGGAAUCAUCGCAGAGACGCGGGAAAUAGCGCGAUCGGCAGCGAGGCUUGUGAAGGUGGAGUACGAGGACCUCCCAUUGAUACUGACAAUAGACGAAGCCAUCGAGAAAAACAGUUUAGAUGAGUAUGUUGCGAGUCAUGUCAGUGGUGACGUAGACAAGGGUCUUGCUGAGGCGGAGAUGACGUUAGAGGGCGUCAUAGAAACGGGUGCUCAGGAGCACUUGUACAUGGAACCCAUCUCCGCUCUGGUGGUUCCCAAAAGGGAGGACAAAGAAAUGGAAGUGUUUGUCAAUACACAGGAAUCUGCAAACUGUCAGAAAGACGUUGGUCACUUUUUGGGGAUACCCUUCAACAGGGUCAGUGUUCGAGUAAAGAGAGUUGGUGGAGGAUUUGGCGGGAAAGCAUUGGACACGGUUGAAGCAAGUGGAGUAGCGGCCGUGGCAGCAUGGAAAGUGAAUCGGCCUGUGCGUCUCAUCUACACGAGAUCAUAUGACGUCAAGACAACCAGCAAGAGGCAUCCAUUCAGAGCCGUGUACAAGGCUGGUUACACGAAAGAUGGGAAGGUCACAGCUCUUUCGAUAGAUUUGUUUGCGAACGCUGGUUGGAAUAACGGGAUCAGUACGUUUGUCUUGGAGCUAGGAAUGCUUGCAAUGGAGGGAACCUUUGACAUUCCAAACUACCGAGGAACGGGUAGAGUUUGCUUGACCAACCUGCCAUCUAACGGGGCUUUCCGGGGGUUCGGGGCGCCCCAGGGGACCUUUAUUAUACACAGUAUAUUUUACGACAUUGCCAAAAAGACAGGGCUUUCAUUCAAUAAGAUCAGGGAGAUGAAUAUUUACAAAGAGGGAGACAGGAAUAUCAACGGAAUGGUGCUCAAACAUUUUAAUCUACCCAUAUGUUGGGAAGAUUGCAAAACGCAGAGCAAGUUUGAGGAAGUAUCCAAAGAAAUAGAAGAGUUUAACAGCAAGAACAAGUACCGGAAACGAGGCAUCGCCAUGUCGUCCUGUGUGUUUAGCAUCGGCUACCCGUUCUUGUUCAUGUGCCAGGCUGGUGCGCUGGUGAAUAUUUAUUUGGAUGGGUCGGUACUUGUGACACACGGAGGAAUCGAAAUGGGACAGGGUCUUUUCACAAAGAUGAUUCAAGUGGCGGCCACUGUACUGGAGAUUCCUAUAGAGAAGGUGUACAUCAGUGAGACUAGCACGGUGACCGUCCCCAACGCAACAGAAACAGGCGGCAGUUUUGUCGCGGAUCUUAACGGGGGCGCGGUCAUGAAUGCGUGCCAAAUCCUGAAAGAUAGAUUGCAGCCAUUAAGAGACGCCAUGCCUGAGGCAAGCUGGGAACAACUGGUUCAAGCUGCAUAUUUUAGCAGAAUAAGUCUUUCAGCCUCAGGAUUUUACAAGUCCAGGGAGAUCGGCUAUGACCCCAAGAAGCAGGGGGAGGGGGAGUACUGUCUGUACAACUCGUACGGUGCCGCCUCCACCGUGGUGGAAAUUGACUGUCUGACCGGAGAACACCAGAUACUUCGCGCUGACAUCGUGUUUGACGUCGGGAAGAGUCUGAACCCCGCCAUUGAUGUCGGACAGAUUGAAGGGGGCUUCGUGCAGGGUGUUGGCUUAAUGACAACUGAGAAAUUAACGGUGAACAAGAGUACGGGUGAACUGACGCUCUAUGGCCCGGGUAACUACAAGGUUCCCGGCAUCAAAAACAUUCCCAAGGAGUUCAACGUCACGCUGCUGAAAGACGCCAAAGGAGAGAGGAGGCCUUUGUAUUCCUCGAAGGGGAUCGGAGAGCCUCCUCUACUGUUGGCCGCUAGCGUGCACCUGGCUCUGAGGGAGGCAGUCAACGCUGCGAGGAAAGACCACGGGCUUUCGGACAACUACAAACUGGAGUGUCCGGCAACGCCCGAGAUUAUCCGAAUGGGCUGUGACGGGCCGAUAGUCAAAAAGGUUGAUGGCAUCAAAGAAAAUAACCAGAAUAUUAAAUUCUAAGAGAAUAGAUCAGUAUUUGUACGUGUAGCUCACUGUAGAAAAUAUAGACUAUACUUGUAUGUUUGAUAUCGCAUUUACAGUAGAAAUAUUGGUUCUUUAGAAUUUGUUUGAACUAUUAAUAAUAUUGGAUUUGACGAUUCCAAGUGAAGAAGCGAGACGUAUCGAUGUUGACAAAUACCUCAUUGUUUUCUGUAUUCAUUGCAAAAAUAUAUGUACAUGUACACUCAUAUCUGCUUUGACUGUGUUAAUCAAGAAUCAUGGCUAGAUAUACAUGUGUAUAUGUUGUAUCAUAUAAAAAUUGUUUUAAGAUUGUCCGUGCCUCUAGAGCCAUCCCAGGACUUUCUAGAAAAAAAUUAAAACAAAAAGAUCAUUUUUGAAAAGUUUCAAUUUAAGCAAAAUAUCCGAAGGACUGACCGUAGAAGUCUUUCGGCUGGAAAUGUUAGUAAAUGAGUUGCAAAAAUGCUAAAUAUGGAAUCCUUGAUUGUCUACUGUAUAAAAUGAAGCCCAACAAAGGGGGCAUUUCCAAUCAAAAGAAAAUCACUGAGAUUGGUUUUACUGUACAUAUUAGAAGUACAAUUAAUGAAUAAAGUUCAUAACAUUUUAAACAAUUUACUUCUAUAGUUUCUAGUAUUGUAGUAUCAUAUCAUUUCUGGGCUUAAGUAAAGGGAAUGAAUCUACGCAUACAGAAAUAAUACAAUAAGCUGCAGGUGCACCAUAUAUCCAAUUUAUCAGUGUUUUUAACGAAACAGAUACAGGCACAUCGAUGAUUUUUACAGAAAUAAAACACUUUUAUCAUUUUUAUAA